GUGCGAUCCCAAUAAACGACACUUCAAUCCUCAUGUCUACAAAAUUAGUCGUAGGUGGUAUAAAACUUGGUAUUUUUGGUUUGGAGGAAUAUAAAUUGAAACAGGAAAGCUGUCCAGUUUCUGUGAUAUUUUCCUUGCAUGGGCGACUACAAAAUGCAGAAAGGAUGACGGAAAUAAAUGAAGCUCUAACUGACUUGAAUUCCAAAGCACCGAGGGAUGCAGCUUCAAGAACUCAUUUAUUGGUUGUAUCGUUUGACCACGUCAAUCAUGGCAGUCGACUGGUGGAUAACAAUAAAAAUUUAGCUUGGCGAGAUGCAGAAUACGACAAUAAGUCACACGCUAUGGAUAUGUGGUCUUUCCAAAAAUCUGCAGCUGAUACUGUGUCUCUUCUCAUUGACUUGUUGGAAUUUUACAUAUUCCCAGAACAAAAUACGAAAAUUGUACAAUAUGGCGUAUUGGGCUUUUCCCUUGGUGGCCAUGCGUCCUAUCUUGCAAGCUCAAAAGACUCUCGACUCAGCCUUUGCGUAGCUUUGGUGGGGUGUGCAGAUUACGAAGCAUUAUUGAAGUACCGAGCAAACUCUUUGGAUCUACCUCAUCAAGCACCAUAUUUGCCUGAACGAUUUUUGACCAACGUUGUGCGUAAAUCAGAUACUAUUCAACAACCGGAUAAUCUAUUUUCAAUCAAGUUGCUGAUGAUCAAUGGCGGACAAGAUAAUGUAGUACCUGCCAAAUGCAACACUAAUUUCGUUGAAAAAGUGCGAGCCUCACAUAAGGGAGUCGAAGGAAAAGAUUGGGAAUGGCUAAUACUGCCUAACCUUGGCCAUGAAUGGUCAACAGAAAUGAUUCAAUCAUGCACACAAUGGUGUUUUGAAUGGAUGCAUUACAAGACGAUGUAGAUGAGUGUAUCUUUGUUCAUGGCUUUGUAACAGGAAACAAUAAAAGAAAAUGAGGAACAAGUGAACUGGUAUCCAAAUACACUAUCUAACGUGAAUGCUAAAUGACUAUGUGAGAGAUAUGAUGCUAUGAGCGCGUUAUUACUGAUCUCUGGCAUGAGCAGCUGCUUGCUUUUGCUCCCUUAGUACAUCGAUGUUUUUUUUGAUUUGUUCAUCUUUCUGUUGGAGAGCUUGUUCUUCACGCUUGAGCCUGUCGAUUUCCUCUUUGAGCUGUUGUUCGCGCGUCA